AGAAAGCAAACAAAAUAUAAGAGAGUGAGAAGAAGAGGACAGAGAAGAGACCUUUACCACACACAAACCCACUCAAUCCACCACACCAGCACACAUCCGCCAUUAAAGCUUUUGCUUCGAUUCAACCCCAAAUCAGUAAAAAUAGGGAUAAUCGAAGAACCCCACCGGAAUUCCACAGAGGAAUUGCAUCGGUCGCGUUCCUGCUGCGGCUUGAGGAAGAAGAAGAACAGUAACAGUAGUAACCACAAGGAGGAGGAGAAACCGAAGAUGCAGACGACGGAAGCGCAGCCGCAGAGCCAGGCCCAGCAGAUGGUGAGCUUGAGCUUUAGCAGCCAGAUGUCGAGAGAAGACGAGGAGAUGGCUCGUUCUGCUCUCUCUGCGUUUAGGGCUAAAGAGGAUGAGAUCGAGAAGAGGAAAACGGAGGUUCGCGAACGGGUCAAGGCUCAGCUGGGUCGGGUCGAGGAAGAGACCCGUCGUCUCGCCAACAUCCGCGAGGAGCUUGAGUCUAUGGCUGAUCCCAUGAGGAAGGAAGUUUCUUGGGUGCGUAAGAAGAUUGAUAGCGUUAACAAGGAACUCAAACCAUUAGGAGCCACAGUUCAAAAGAAGGAAAGGGAAUACAAAGAAGCAUUGGAUACAUUCAAUGAGAAGAACCGCGAGAAAGUUCAGCUGAUCACCAAGCUAAUGGAGUUGGUUGGAGAAAGCGAGAAGCUGAGGUUGAAGAAGCUUGAUGAGCUAAGCAAGAGCAUAGAAACCUAG